UAGGAAGCACAGGUAAACCGUGUAACACGUUCCUCGGUACAAAAGGUUCUGUUUGGUCUUUUCGACUGGAUUCUUUUUGCAGUUGGCUGACUUUUUGACAAUUGCGGGUAUUCUGCAACCGUGACAAACCCUGUGAGCAUUCGUAGGGAUAACCGGUGAAUCUCCCCAUGCGGCCGCUGAGUCAUCAGCCGUCUGUGUGUUUGCUAACUUUAAACAAACGAGGAUGUUCUUAUCAAGCUGCUGCCCAAAGUUAGCCUGCAUUUGGCAGCAGAUGGUUCGGGGGAAAGUGUACCUGACUCAAAUAAUCAACAGGCGGAACCACCCGGCAGUGAAAUACCAGCAGAGUAGCAGCAGAGAAGACAACUCGCUUCUGAUGGAUAUAAGUGAACUGGAAGAGCAGUAUGACUCCAUACGACAGAAGCAGAAAGAACAGACACACGUUGUUUUUAGAACAGGUAAAAGUAAACAAGAAAGUGGAGAGUUCUUCAAGCUCCAAGUCAAAACAGUUUCAGUCAACUGCACAGUAAGAAAACCAAAGGCAUUUGAAGAACACCUUCCUGUUAACAGUGUCAUGCUUGACUUUCCAAACAAAAAUUACAUCCAGGAUGUUGAAACUCCUUGGCGCACACAUCUAGAUAUUCACCGUGUGCUGCAAGCACAGAAAACAGGUCAAAAGAGUCAACUGCAGGAAUACAAGGAAGCAGAUGAGCAAAAUCAACAGCUAGCCUCAAUGAGCAAAAAAGGCCUACUUAAUAAAAGUAGAAUUGAGUCAUGUAAUUAUAACAGAACCAAUGGUGAAGUAACAGCACACAUCACCUGCAAGUCUAUUGAAUUAAAGGCAACCCAUUCUUUCACAAACCACAAUCAUUGCAUUCCUAAGAUCAAUAAAAGAUUUUCAUUUCCAAAUGAGAGAUCAAGUAUAUGGUCAAGCAAAAGUGGGCUUCUCACUAAAAUAGCACCAGUUGCCAUAAAAGGGGAUUAUUACCCAUUCCCUCAAAUGAAGUCUCCAAGGAAGUCUGACACUGCCAAGAACCUUGGCUUAUACGCCAAACAGUAAGACAGCUUCACCAAAACAGUAAGUGCUAAGCCCUAAAAAGUGACUUAUUCCUCGGAAAUGCAAUUGCAAAUGAAAAUAAUAGCUACUCCAUUUUGGGACGUCAGCUUUCUGUUUCUUUAGAAGCCUGUUAAGAGAAUUUCCUUUCUAAAAAUAAAUUAGCUCCUUAAGAGAGUCUGCAAAAGAAAUUAAUGAUACUCAGUGAAAUGACAUGAUUGAAGUGGUACAAAACAAGUUUACCCUGGUUGAUCAUACAUCUUAAGAAUGAGAUGUGCAUUGAUUGAAUACGAAUCAUUUCAUUUAUUCCAUAAGUAAUUGGGGUCACUAAUUUUAAAGAGUUGUUAAAACCAUAUGUGUAAAUUAUAAUGUUGUAAACUUAUUAACUGUGUUUAGUGAAAAAUCAACUGUAUAGUACUUCUUUGCACUCUCUCUUGCUUUUGUCAGGAUCCAGUUUUCAGGGGGGAAAAAAGUUAAGCUUCUUCAUUUUUCUUCCUAGAUAUAAAAUAUCAUGCUAUUGUACACACCACCCAAUAAUCUUCUGAAAAUCCAGUGAAACAUAUUGAUCAUGACAAGGCAGUUCAAAUGAUAUUUGCAGCUGAGAUUAAAACCAGAGACUGACAUCUGAAAGCAUAAUACACAUACACAAAACUCUAUUAUAUCAACAGUCUUAGCUUGAUUGAAGUAAAUGGACUAAAGUCCCACUUAAAAUUGUGAAGUAAGGAGUUCUGUACAAAAGUAUUAAGCAGAUCUGUAAUGCCUCUUGCAUGAGUUGUAUAACUGAAGUCCUAUCUGUUUACUCGGAGAGCUAUCAAAGAUCAGUUCUUCCAGUUUCCUGAUCAAGACAUAUCUCAUAAUAAUCACCACCAUUAAAACAAAAAGGAUGAUGUUUGAGGGAACUUGCUGUCUAUAAAACUGACUGUCACAUUUUCUUUAAAUCAGUUCAAAAGUUAGUUAGUUCAUUGAUUGUAAAGAACUUAAGAUUCUAAUUAGACCUCAAAUAUGCCUCAUAGCCAUUGAGGGUAGAACCAUAAUACCACAGAUAUAGAAGCAGAAUCGAGCCAUUCGGUCCUUUGAGUUUCCCUCUCCAUUCCAUCAUAGUUGAUAUGCCUUUCAACCCCUUUCUCCUGCCUUCGCCCUGUAACCCUUGAUCCCUUUACAAAUCAAAAACCUACCUAUCUGUCUUAAAUGCUGUCCAUUAAAUUGGCCUCCACAGAUUCAUCACCUCUGGUUUAAGAAAUUUUUUCUGUUCUCAGUUCCAAAGGAUCAUCCCUUCCCUCUGAGGCUAUGCCCUUGGGUCCUCGUCUCUCUUGCUUGUGGAAACAACCUCUCCAUGUCUACUCUAUCCAGGCCUCUCCAUAUUCUGUAAAUUUCAAUGAGAUUCCCCCCCUCAUCUUCCUAGAUUCCUUUGAGUACAGAUCCAGAGUCCUCAACUACUCCUCACAUAAAAAGUCCUUUAUCCUCAUAGAUCAUUCUUCUUUAUCUCCUCUGUACUCCUCCAACACAUCCUUCCUUAGAAACAGGCCCCAAAACUGCUCAAUACUCCAAAGGCAAUCUAACCAUAGCUUUAUACAGCUUCAGUAGUACAUCUCUGCUCUUGUAUUCUGGCCGUCUCAAAAUGAAUGUAAACAUUGGUAUUUGCUUUCCUAACUGUCAAAUGACCUCAAAAGGAUCCUGAACUAGGAUUUCCAAGUUCCUUUGUGCUUCAGGUUUCUGAGGCCUUUCCCCAUUUAGAAAAUAGUCCAUGCCUCUAUUCUUCCUAUUGAAGUGCAUAACCUCAUAAUUUCCCACAUUGUUUUCGUCUGCUUCUUCUUUGUGCAGUCUUUUAGCCUGUCCAAGUCCAUCUGCAGCAUCCCCACGUCCUUAACACUACCUGUCCCUACAUCUGACUUUGUAUCAUCUGCAAACUGAGCAACAAUACCCUCAGUUCCUACAUCCAGAUUGUUAAUGGACAACAUGAACAGUUGUGGUCCCAACAUUGACAACUGCAGAACUCCACUAGUCAGCAGCUGCCAAUCUGAAAAUGACAGCUUUAUCCCCACUCUCUGCCUUCUGCAAGUUAGCCAAUCCUGUCUCCACACCAGUACCUUGCGCCACUUGUUAGAAUACAUGCUAGCAAGCUUCCUUCAAUUAAUUUAGAGGGGGAAAAUGGAAGGAUGGUUACAACAGGUUAGGAAGAGGUAACGUGAGUGGAAACAGGCUUGCGUACAGUAGUAAUACCAACAUGGAUUAGUCAAAUAGAAUAAUCUGCUUCUGAUUGUGUAAUUUAUCUGCAAAGAUUAUUACCCUUCACAACCUUGUUUCAGCCCAAUUUGUUAAUUCCAGGCAUCUGUUACUGUUCAGACUCCAGCUUCUGCAAUUGUACUUUUUCUUCCUCUACCCAUUCCAACGAGAAUAGCAAAGCCUACAAUCAUCACCUUGUGGCACAGUGGUUGUGUCUCUACCACUGCUUCCGAAGGUCCAGGUUCAAAUCCCAACUCUCCCAGAUGUGUUAUAUCAUGACAAGUUGAUCAAAAAUAUUUACAAUCAUCACACUUCCCAUUUUCUGAAAUAAUUUUCUCACUUCAUCAAAAGAAAAGGCUGCUCAAAAUUUAUAACUUCAGGUCAUCCCUUUAAUUUUCACUCAAUUCUUGAUUAGAACACUUUAAUUGGAUAGUGACGAAGGAUGCUGUAGGUUGCAGAGAGACAUAGAUAAGCUGCAGAGCUGGGCUGAGAGGUGGCAAAUGGAAUUUAAUGCAGACAAGUGUGAGGUGAUGCACUUUGGUAGGAAUAACCAGAGGGCAAAGUACUGGGCUAAUGGUAAGAUUCUUAGUAGUGUAGAUGAGCAGAGAGAUCGCGGUGUCCAUGUACACAGAUCCUUGAAAGUUGCCACCCAGGUUGACAGGGCUGUUAAGAAGGCAUACAGUAUUUUAGCUUUUAUUAACAGAGGGAUCUAGUUCCGUAACCAAGAGGUUAUGCUGCAGCUGUACAAAACUCUGGUGCGGCUGCACUUGGAGUAUUGCGUACAGUUCUGGUCACCGCAUUAUAAGAAGGAUGUGGAAGCUUUGGAAAGGGUGCAGAGGAGAUUUACUAGGAUGUUGCCUGGUAUGGAGGGAAGGUCUUACGAGGGGCUGAGGGACUUGAGGCUGUUUUCAUUAGAGAGAAGAAGGUUGGGAGGUGACUUAAUUGAAACAUAUAAAAUAAUCAGUGGGUUAGAUAGGGUGGAUAGGGAGAGCCUUUUUCCUAGGAUGGUGACAGCGAGUACGAGGGGGCAUAGCUUUAAAUUGAGGGGUGAAAGAUAUAGGACAGAUGUCUGAAGUAGUUUCUUUUCUCAGAGAGUAGUAAGGGAAUGGAAUGCUUUGCCUGCAAUGGUAGUAGAUUCGCCAACUUUAGGUACAUUUAAGUCGUCAUUGGAUAAGCAUAUGGACAUACAUGGAAUAGCGUAGGUUAGAUGGGCUUCAGAUUGGUAUGACAGGUCGCCACAACAUCGAGGGCCGAAGGGCCUGUACUGUGCUGUAAUGUUCUAUGUUAAUUAUGUAAAAAACAUUUUUUAUAUCAAAGGUUCUACAGAAGGUGUGUAUUUGUAUUCAAACAUGCUGCACAGAUUUUGUUAACAAACUCAGUUAAUGUAUCAGUGAUAAAUAUUACAAAGUUUCUGUUUCAAUUCUUUCUAAAAGCUUUUAUACAUCAUACUAUCUAGUUUAUUUUUAAUAUUGCAUUAUUCAUAUUCCUACACUUUACACUUGCUGUAAAAUAUAAGUUUUGAAAUAAAAAGAUUCCUUUCACAGGUAAUCUGACUCAAAUACAGGCUGAAAAGGACAAGUUUUGUUGAAGAUGUUCAUUUAGCAUUUAUCAGGAUAAUUUGCUGGAAUACCAAUGAAAAGCGCAAAUAAAAUUUAGACUGUCUGAGAAGACAGUGCUGUGGUAGCAAUUGAUUGACUGGUAGAGGCAUCGCUAUGGAGAAUUCACCAGUUAUAUAGUGACUAACAGUUAAUUGUCAAAAUUUGUUUAAACUAUAAAUGAGAUAGAUUGUUUCUGUCUCUGAUUGGUCAGGAUACUUCCCUGCAAUGUUAUUUUCCCAUUAUGUUGCAUUCUUGCAAAUUGUCCUGAUGAGUGAAAGACAAAAAGGUUCAACGAAACUUCUUUUUUCAUCAAUGUUUAGGUUCUGCACCAACAAAUAACAGUCAAAUCAAUAUUAUUUGUCCACUGAAGUGAAUUGCCUUGUAUGCUAUAUUACGCAAUUGAAUCAAGUUCUAAUUGGAAAGAAAAUGAUGACAACAGUAAAUCAAUAAAUAUGUAGUUCAACACUUCGCAAUCUUCAGUUGAGUGAUACUAAUGAUAUCACACAACAGAUGGAUGUUGGACUCCAUUGUAUCACAGAAUCCUUAGCUUCUCGUGGCCAAGGCUAUGAAGAGAAAUGUUAAAGAAAACUGCAUUCUCUUCUACAGAUAACAAAGUGUGGAGCUGGAUGAACACAGCAGGCCAAGCAGCAUCUCAGGAGCACCCUCAGCUUCCGGGACCUCUCUGUCUCCAUCUCAGGCAACCAGCUAGAAACUGAUGUCCACUUCAAGCCCACCGACUCCCAUAGCUACCUAGAAUACACAUCCUCCCACCCACCCCCCUGCAAAAAUUCCAUCCCCUAUUCCCAAUUCCUUCGCCUCUGCCACAUCUGCUCCCAGGAUGAGGCAUUCCACUCCCGCACAUUGCAGAUGUCUGCGUUCUUCAAGGACCGCAACUUCCCCCCUGCAGUGAUCGAGAACGCCCUUGACCGUGUCUCCCGCAUUUCCAGGAACACAUCCCUCACACCUCGCCCCCGCAAUAACCGCCCUUAGAGAAUCCCCCUUGUCCUCACAUACCACCCCACCAACCUCCGGAUACAACACAUCAUCCUCCGUCACUUCCGCCAUCGACAAUCUGACCUUACCACCCAAGACAUUUUUCCAUCCCCAACCUUGUCUGCCUUCCAGAGAGACCACUCUCUCUGUGACUCCCUUGUCCGCUCCACACUCCCCUCCAACCCCACCGCACCCGGCACCUUCCCCUGCAACUGCAGGAAGUGCUACCCAUGCCCCCACACCUCCUCCCUCACCCCCAUCCCAGACCCCAAGAUGACUUUCCAUAUUAAGCAGAUGUUCACCUGCACAUCUGCCAAUGUAGUAUACUGUAUCCCCUGUACCCGGUGCAGCUUCCUCUACAUUGGGGAAGCCAAGUGGAGGCUUGGGGACCGCUUUGCAGAACACCUCCGCUCGGUUCGCAAUAAACAACUGCACCUCCCAGUCGCGAACCAUUCUAACUCCCCCUCCCAUUUCUCAGAUGACAUGUCCAUCAUGGGCCUCCUGCAGUGCCACAAUGAUGCCACCCGAAGGUUGCAGGAACAGCAACUCAUAUUCCGCUUGGGAACCCUGCAGCCCAAUGGUAUCAAUGUGGACUUCACAAGCUUCAAAAUCUCCCCCUCCCCCAUUGCAUCCCAAAACCAGCCCAGCUCGUCCCCUCCCCCCACUGCAUCACAAAACCAGCGCAGCUCGUUCCCGCCUCCCUAACCUGUUCUACCUCUCACCUAUGCCCUCCUCCCACCUCAAGCCGCAUCUCCAUUUCCCACCUACCAACCUCAUCCCGCCUCCUUGACCUGUCCGUCCUCCCUGGACUGACAUAUACCCUCCCCACCUACACUCUCCUCUCCACUUAUCUUCUCCUCUAUCCAUCUUCGGUCCGCCUCCCCCUCUCUCCCUGUAUGUUUCAGAACCCUCUCCCCAUCCCCCUCUCUGAUGAGGGGUCUAGGCCUGAAACGUUUUAGCUUUUGUGCUCUUGAUAUGCUGCUUGGCCUGCUGUGUUCAUCCAGCUCCACCCUUUGUUAUCUUGGAUUCUCCAGCAUUUGUGGUUCCCAUUAUCUCUGCAUUCUCUUCUAUAUUAUGUUUAAAUUUUGAUAUGUUUAAAAAUGGACAAUAUUUCUGGACUCAUAAAUUAGCCACAGCCAAUCACAUAAUCAUGUUUUCUGAAGCUCCUGAACACCCUAUAUUGCAUAAACAUUCCAGCUAAAGCUGAAAUAAAGGAACUGAAGAUGGACCAUCCGCUUCCAACCUUCGCUAGAUGAAGAAAAUCGUUUAAAUCUGUUAUGCAAUGAUGGACGCUAACACAUUUAUAAUUGUCUUGUCACCUUGCAAUAGAAACUCAAAAGGGGGAUGUAAAGGUUUGUUAAUGACCUUCCAAUUAGCCCACUGAAAUAGACUAUUGGCACCUGAAAUGCCAAUCCUUAUCACAUGACUGAAACUGGGACCGGCUGCAGCGGACUAAAUAUACAAUUCUAGGAUUCAAAGUCAGUUGCUGUUUGAACUCUACAGAGUAAUCAGAUCUCCACGCUGAGCUGACAGCCUAUCUCAGACCUUCCAUCUUUGUCUCUAAGUUGCUAACUUGAAUGGACCAACACUUUGCCUGCAAGAAAGAAAACGAUUUGGCCCAGAUCACCAAGGAACCUAUUACUGGACUCUGACCUCCAAGAAGUUAUAACUCAUGUGAUCUGAUUUUCAAAACUUCUGGAUUUACUAAAACUAUUUCAACUCCUGUCCUAAUCUAAAACAACUGCAGAUAUGAAAAUCUGAAACAAAAACAGAAAUCGCUGAAGAAACUCAGCAGAUCUGGCAGCAUCUGUGGAGAGAAAGCAGUUAACAUUUCAAGUCCAGUGAUCCUUCUUCAGAAGUCCUAUCUAUCUUCCUUAAUUUCAAGAGAAACUUGCAUCAA